AUGGCAUAUGGACGUCUGAUAGUUAGUAGAAGCGCACAUAUUUCUUGCUUUAUCCAAUGCAGGUUCAACGCUACUGAUGCUUCUAUUGCAGCUCCCAAGACUACCAAACGCAGAAGAUCAACGCAUUUUACAAAUGUGCUUAAUAAGGGACCUUCGUUUGAAGAUUUUGUUACUGGGAAAGCAUCUAAGAUAAUCUUGGACCCCUUGGAGCAGGCCAGACAGAAUACUGAGGAAAUUAAGAAGCUUCCCAGUUGGUUGAAGGUUCCUGUUCCUACUGGAGCACAAUUUCAUCGGUUGAAGAAGGAUGUGAAAGAGCUUAAAUUAAGCACCGUUUGUGAAGAAGCUAGGUGUCCAAAUAUUGGAGAGUGCUGGGGCGGUGGGAACAAGUCUACAGCAACAGCUACAAUUAUGUUAUUGGGUGAUACUUGUACUCGUGGCUGUAGAUUCUGUUCAGUCAAGACUAACAGAAACCCUGCAAAGCCAGAUCCAUUAGAGCCCGAAAAGACUGCGGAGGCUAUAUCCAGAUGGGGUCUUGGCUAUGUGGUUUUGACCACAGUUGAUAGAGAUGAUUUGCCUGACGGUGGUGCGUACCAUUUGCGGGAAACCGUUCAAAAGAUCAAAGAGCGGGCACCACACAUUCGCGUCGAGACCUUAUCCGGUGACUUUAGAGGCGAUUUACCGAUGGUUGAUGUGUUAGCACAGUCUGGAUUGGACGUAUAUGCUCAUAACUUAGAAACUGUCGAAGCUCUAACACCUCAUGUUAGAGAUCGUAGAGCUACAUACCGCCAAUCUUUAAGUGUGUUAAACCGGGCCAAGCAAACAGUUCCAAGUCUAAUAACUAAGACUUCCAUAAUGUUGGGAAUUGGUGAGACUGAUGACCAAGUGAUACAGACCCUCCGUGACUUGCGUGAAAUUGAUUGUGAUAUUGUGACGUUCGGUCAGUAUAUGAGACCUACGAAGAGACAUAUGAAAGUCGUUGAGUAUAUUAAACCAGAGAAAUUUGAGCAUUGGAAAGAGGUUGCCAUGAACAUGGGCUUCAAAUACUGUGCUUCUGGGCCAUUGGUCAGGUCUUCGUAUAAAGCUGGUGAAGCGUUUAUUGAGGGGAUCCUGAAGAGUCGUGAGCAAAAGAAACUCGAAUCUUCUACCUAA